AGCGCGCUGUGCGGAUAUUUAGUCCGCCGAGAGCGCAGCGCUCGGCACAACACGGAGCGGCGAGCUGUCCGAGGAAACUCGUUUUCCUGGCCAAAGAGGGCAAAAAUUCGCCCCGAGUGACUUUAUCCUUGAACUUCUGAGGGAAAUUCGGGGUCGAUGAACGACUGUAGCCUGUUGUUGACGUGUUUCCCGCGAGUUCUUUACCGUUUCGGCCGGGCUGUUUCCGUCGUUUGACACCAGGAAGCGAACAGGUGAAACACACCUGUUCACAGUCCGCUCAGGACAGCCAUGAGUGUCAUCUGAGGAGAGGAACGGAGGUGAAACCACCGAAAUACUGGCUCAAAUUCGGCUCGUGGUCGUGUUUUGAGUGCCGAAUGAGCAGCAUGUCCUCCUCCGCGGUGGAGUGGAAGCCCUCCUGACCUCGCUGACGGCAGUAAGACGAACUUGACUCGCUUCUUUUUGUUGUUGUGUUUGUUUUCCGAAGUCUCUCUCAGCCCCUUAAACCCUGUGGGGAACGGGAAAGGGAAAGGGAGCAGAAACGGGACCAAAAAAAUAAGGUUUAAUGGGAAACCAAGUGGAAAAACUGACCCAUUUGAGUUACAGCGAAGUUCCCACGGCGGACCCGAACGGAUACGAGCCGGAGGACGACUGUCCCCGGAUCGGCGUGUCGUACAUUUUUUCCAAUGACGACGAGCAGGAGGACAACGACGUGGAGAAGGAUGACGAGGGGAGCCAGUACGACGGCAGGAACGAGUUGGAGUGCGCCGUGUUUUACCGCGACGAGUGCGUGUACGAGAGGAACCCCAAGUCCAUCGAGAUGGCCACCCAGCCCUGCGAGAACCUGCUGAACGAGUGCAAAGCCGGUGACCUGCUGGAGUUCGUCUCGGCUGGCCAGUAUCCACACUGGGCCGUGUACGUGGGGGACUUCCAGGUGGUCCACCUGCACCGGAGCGAGAUUAAGGUGGACUUUCUCGUGGACGCCAGCCAGGGCAAACGGGGCAGAAUCGCGAACGAGUUGUACAAGUUCCGGCCCCUGCGCCCGGACGCUGUGGUGCAGGCGGCGAUGGACCAAGUCGGAGCCAAAGAUGGUGAUCUGUGCUGGAGGAACUCUGAGUGUUUCGCCGCCUGGUGUCGCUUUGGCAGGCGGGAAUUCAAGACCGGCGGCGAGAUCCGCAUCGGCAAGCAGCCGUACAGGAUGAAGCUGCAGCUGAGUGAGAAGAAGAGCCAUGUGUUGGAGUUCCAGAGCUUGGAGGACUUGAUCAUGGAGAAGAGGAGGAACGACCAGAUAGGACGAGAGGCGGUGGUGCAGGAGUUGGCCAACCAUUUGAACUGCAGCGAGGAGAUCGAUAGCCAUUAUGGUUGUAACUGAUGAGUAUAUAUUUGGGUGCUGCCGUGUUCUUCCAUGACCUGAGAUUGACGCCCCUGAUCUAGCAGUCAGCACUCUUCAGGGAUCUUGCUGUGAGGAGCUGCCAGCGAGACACGUUAGAAGGCAGAAUGUCGGACUAGCUUGCAUACACUGGCUUCGUGACACCAGGUUGAAGAUUCCCAAAGCUGGCGCAAUCUGUAAUGUGACGUUGCCUAAGGAGGUCUCUGUUUACCCGAAGAAGAGAGGAUUUAUCCACUGCUGCUGGAAAAGUUGACUGUGUUCCGAAGAUAAGAUGUACAGAUACUAAGAACAGAUAACAACUGCUCUGAGAAGUGUUUUCAAACUAAAAGUCUUAGUGAGAUUUGAAUCUCAGUUCCAGCCACUUUCAUUUGGUACCAGAUGUGUUUAUAUAUUGUGUAGGAUCAGCCUCAUAGUCACCCACAGCAUAGUUUCAUCUUUAUUUCAAUUAACAUUAACAUUCUGGGGUCCCUUUCUCAUUAAACUGUAACAUAUAAAUUAAGAAAUGUUUUAAAUCUACGCCUAUUGUCCAU